UCCCUCUUCCUCAGUCGUAUCACAAAUCAACAAAUCCACAACUCAAUUACUUCGAGAAAAUCAUCAAACACCUCAUCAACAAAUUCGAAAUGGCUCGUACUAAGCAGACGGCUAGGAAAUCAACCGGAGGCAAAGCACCAAGGAAGCAGCUGGCGACAAAAGCGGCGAGGAAAUCAGCUCCAGCCACCGGAGGAGUGAAGAAGCCACACAGAUUCAGACCUGGAACCGUUGCUCUGAGAGAGAUCAGGAAGUACCAGAAGAGUACCGAGCUUCUCAUCCGUAAACUCCCUUUCCAGAGGCUUGUGAGAGAGAUCGCUCAGGAUUUCAAAACUGAUCUACGUUUCCAGAGCAGUGCCGUCGCCGCUCUCCAGGAAGCUGCAGAGGCUUACCUUGUUGGACUCUUCGAAGACACCAAUCUCUGCGCUAUUCACGCUAAGAGAGUCACUAUCAUGCCCAAGGACAUCCAGCUCGCUAGAAGAAUCAGAGGCGAACGUGCUUAGAUCUAUUAUUCUGUUGGCUUUUGUGUGUUCUUCUUUAGAUCGAGUGAUGAUGAUUGUAUAAUUUCACGUUUUUAAUCCAAUGGUUUAAUAUUAAUAUUAUCUGAUUAUGUUUU